CGGUUAAAUGUAUGACCCUUUUCCUUAUGUUGUGCAACGGAUGGAGUAGGGAAAGACAACUCUCAUCAAUAUAACUACCACGUUUGAUAAACGAAUAUUCUCAUGUGUAUUAAUAUUACUUUAUUAAUUUAAGUUUGUUUAAAAUAUUUCACAAGACAGAUGGAGUAUAUAGAUGAUGCCAGUGGCAUCGCCCGACAACAACAAUAUUCACUUAUGUGAGUCUAUCAUUUAAGCCCGUUUAGUUGCUCUGCUGUAUUUUUCAAAGACGUCAGUCAAAGUAAUUAGUAGGGAGACAAGAUAUAUGCCUAAUUUUCUUUAUUUAAUUAAAUUUUUUACGCCCCACUUCAACUCGGAAGUCCGAAACCCAUCAUUUUCUAAAAUAAAAUGUCAAAGCUCAAUAAGGCGCCCCGGCUAAUGUAGAUACUUUGUUCAAAAAUUUAAACAUUUUGUAGAAAUAAACCAAUGGCAUAGUUGAAUAGAGCUAAAUUUGUACAGAAUUAUAACACCAAAAUUAUAUUUUUAGCUGUUGUAGUUUUCAAGUUAUGAAUUUUUAAAGUACGACUUGGUUUGUCCUUUUUUUAACAUGGACUGCAUCUCCACAUUCUGUGACCUCAUUCCGCCGAUCACGUCAUGCGCAAUGACUAUAUAGUUUAUAUAAGGCUAAGGCAUUCCCUUAUCACUAAAAUACUGUUUAGGGUCGAUUUAUUUUAAACUUUCAACUUUGGCACAUGAAUAAUUAAUUAAAGCUUUCAUUGACCAAUGGUUUAAUAGUUUUUGCACACGGCAAACACUUAUGAAUGAAACUCUGAGAUAGUACUACGAUAUAGCCGUUAUGCAAGUGGCUGUGAAUGGUUGCCAAUGACAACGUGUUGCACACGGAAAUUUCUGAUCAUUUAUAAUAUGGACUCUACAGGGUUUUUAAAGCUCAAAUUAAAACAUUCCAGUUUAAAUGUCUUCAAAAUGCAUUCUGAAACACAAGUUAUCAAAUAUUUUGAUGUAUAUAGUGGUAAUAAUUAAAUAUUUCUUAAGUAUCGGCAACUUCCGCCAUUAAAAAGGGGGCGUGGCCCACGCCAUGUCGAAAUAAGGCGGAGCCCCCUUAUGGUGAUAUGGGUCACUGGGAGAAGCGUAGCGAACGUGGGACACGACCUACAUCAAUGAGAAUUGGCACAGAUAUAUAUCAAUAUCUAAUGCCUUACACGAUUUAAUAUGAAAGACCUGUUCCUUUUAUUUCACAAAAAAUUUUGUAUUUGAAGAUGCCUUAUAUAUACCAAAGAUUUUCAAAAUGAAGUUCGAUUGAAAAAAGCAAAAUAGUUGGAUGGAAAUGUAGGCCAAGAUGUCUUCCCAAUUAUAAGGCCGGAAACGGAACUCAAAUAUAUGUCCAAAUAACUAAUUUAAUAAUAAAUAGACACACACAUGGGAAAAUUAAAAACUCGGAUUUUUCGGCGCCGACGCCCAUUUCCGAUACAAAAAAAGUAGUAGUCUCCCUUGUUUUAUCGAAGUAUCUAGCUAAUGUGAAAAGAACGCACCCUGACGUCAUUUUCGUGUUACAUCCCUAGUUUCCAUAGCCAUAGGCAUAGGGUCAGGACCCAGGUUAGGGAUACGUUUAGGGUUCAGGUUAGGUUUAGAUUUAGGGAUACAAUUUAUUGUAAAUUCAGAGAGAGCGGCCUGCGUCUAUUUCCAUGGCCGCCAUCUUGGUUGGCUCGACCCGCACACUUUUACGUAUUCAAGGGUCGAGGCAACCAAGAUGGUGGCCAUGGAAAAUAAAAUAACUCACGUUUGCUAAAAUUAGGAAGAAAAUGUUAAAAAUGUAUGAAAAAAAUGUUUUAAAUCGAUCCUUAUGACUAUGCGCCCUAUGCCUAACCUGAACCCUAAAUCUAUCCCUAUGCCUAACCAGAACCCUAAAUCUAUCCCUAUGCCUAACCCGAACCCUAAAUCUAUCCCUGUGCCUAACCCGAACCCUAAAACUAUCCCUAUGCCUAACCUGAACCCUAAAACUACGCCUAAAGCCACAAGUAAAAACACAUGUAAUUUACAAACUGUGGCAAGAAAACAAUACAAAUUUAAAAAAAAAAUGUAAACAAAUUCUAAAAAUAAUUAUAACAUAAAGAAAUAAUGAAAAUCCAACUUACAGUUUCAUGAAUUACACUUUUACACACUUUAUUUCAGGUUCCAAAGAAAAUAUAGCCCCAAAAUGAACAAAUCUCCACACCCCACAGGCACCCCAAAUAUAUCAAAUAUGGCGGAACAAAAAAAAUAAGAUAAUGAGCCAACCAAUCAAAAUUUUAAAAUUAUAAUUGAUCAACCAAUAAAAUUUUAAUUCGUGAAAUGUAAAUCUAUUAACAAAAAAAUAAGGGGAGUGAAUCCAAAACAAAGUUGUUGUGGGCCGCUAAACUAAAUCUGAAACAGCCCAAUUGAUUCAUUAAAAAUUAUUAGGCCUAGCCUAAUUAAAAAAUUAGUAAUUCAAACUCCACUAAACAUCAAACUAAUUAGUAAGGCUGUGACUAUUGAAUCUAUUGGUAGUAAACUACCAAUAGCUCUAGGGACUUAUUUGAAACUAUUCUUGGUAAACUACCAAUAGCCAAUAGCUUCUAGAGAGCUAUUGGUACUCCACUGCCAGUAGCUUCUAAGUCUGAGCGGGUAGUGGUAUUUUACUAUAAAAAAAAACAACCAAUUGGUGAUAGAUUGAUGUAGUGAAAUAAUUAUUGGUAGUCACAAUUUAUUUUUUAUUACAACACUGAAAUCAUUUCAGUGUUGUAACUGAAAUCACUCUAAUUUAUGUUGCCAAAAAAACAACAACAUGUGCCAACAAAAUAAAUUGUUUGUGUCUAAUCUCAUAAAAUCACUCCAAUCGGAUUUUCAAGACAUAAUAGACUUAUUUUUCUUUCUUUGUAAUUUGUAUAUAUUUUAUUUUAUUUAUGUCAUCUCUGCUCAUGUUUUCAUUCAUAAAAAUUAUGUGCAGUUUAAAACAUUGAUUCUGCAUACAUAUACUUACAUAGCAUUUAAAAAAAAAAAAAAGUAAAUAGUCAUUCCUUGACAUUAAAUUGAUUAAUUUGUGUUAUUGUUGCACAAUAUUCCCAAUAAAAUUGUUUAAUUGUACAUAAAAAUGUUGAUGCCUUUAUAAGUUAACGAGGGCUCAUUAAUAUAAAUCAAAAUUUCUAUAAAAAAUAGACAUUUCUCCCAACAACAGAAAAUCAAAAGCUGUGGGGGGUGUGUUGGUUCAAGUGACCAUGUUCCUAAAAAAUUAAAAAAUGAUUGUCCUAAGCUUAUUUUAUCAUUGUUUAGCCUAAUCACGUUAUUAUACUGUUUUAUUUAACUUAAGUUACAAGAUUUUGUUUUUAAUAUGCACACUUUGUAUGCCGUAAAACUUCUUAUGGUAAUUAUUUAGGCAUGUAUUUUAAUUUAUAAUUUUAAUCAUAAUAAUUAGCACAAACAAAAUGUUGACAUGAUUUUAUUUUUACUGCACAUCCUACUUUGGCCUUGGCAAAAAAGAAGCUGGGUAACAUUUUUUUCAGACUAUGAUCCCCCCCCCCCCCAUCAUACAUUUAUAUAAGAUCUAUAGUAGUCUAUAUUUUAAAUGUUGACAUGAUUUUAUUUUUACUGCACCUCCUUCUUUGGUCUUGGCAAAGAAAAAGCUGGGUAACAUCUUUUUCAGACUUUGCACCCCCCCCCCCCAUCAUACAUUUAUAUAAGAUCUAUAGUAGUCUAUAUUUUAAAUUAUAUAGCAAUAUAGCCAAAUCUGAGCAUGGGGAAGGCUACAGCAGAUAGUGUUAAAACUUUAAAACAGUACUGUAGAUUUUAUAAUUAGUGUCGAGGUGUUGUCGCUAGACAAACUAGUAAUAAAUGAACAGGGCAAUACUUUGCCAGCCUCAUUGGAAGCAGAUUUUUAAAGCUCAGAUUUUGGUUUGAUUUGAUUGGCUGGACUACCAAUAGCUCUCUAGAAGCUAUUGGUAGUUUACUACAAAUAGCUCCCUGCCCUAACUAGAAGCUAUAGGUAGUAAACUACCAAUAGACACUUUCAAUUUGUAAUGACUAACUAGGCUUAUCUUGAAUUAUCAACUUUUAACUCACCCCCACGUUUUUUUUCUUGAAAAUUUUAAGCUGACUAAGGGUAAAUUUUAACUUUUCCAGUCUAAGCUUAUUCAUACUAAGUACCAAGUCUAUCAAUUUGGUAUAAAACUUUUUUGAAGCUUUGUUAAUUUCUGAUAUAGUACAUGUCAUAUGUUAAUCAUAUUUACUGCUUUCCCAGAUCAUGUUGUCGAUGUGGGCUACAAAUAGAGCCUAAUCCAACCAAUAUGUGCGUUGACUGCCUUCGGUCUGAUGUUGACAUAACUGAGGACAUCCCCAAAACUUCAGCUUUGUCAUUUUGCAGAGGCUGUGAGAGGUAGCUGUUGUCAGAUAUCAGAUCCUAUAAUUAUUUUUUAUUUAUUGUCAGCAGAUUUUAACUUGACUUUCUAUUGCUGCAUUUUUCUGAUUGAACAUUGAUUUUGCAGUAAUUGAGCCUAAUGAUUUAAAGACACAUUUAUUUCGCAAAUACCUUCUGGGAUGAUUGUCUACCAUAUUUUCCAUUUAAUGCAUAUUAGCUGUGUUGCUCACGGUUGAAAUGGGUUGAAAGACUUUGACAUUGUAUGCUUGUAAUUAGUUUUUGUAGUGUUGCGUUUGUUUUAAAUAUGGUAAAUUAUAGAUUUUUUACUCUUGUACCGCGCUUCGAGCCUUUAUUAUUAUUUAUUAUUAUGUUCUUAUGACACUUAUGUUGUUUCCAUGCUUAAAAAUUUCCAGUUCAAUUUUGAAGACGCUAUGGUUAAGAAUUUAAAUUAUCUAUACCUUUCACAGUUAGAACCGGUGCACUGUUAUGGAAUAGUAACAGAGACCCUUUCCAUAACUUAAAAUGUUUUCUUUAUCUGUCACUGAAACCUUUUUAUUAUAUUUUUGCUGAAGACAAAAAUAUUAUUGCCAGAAAUAUUUAGCUUGAUUGAAACUACGCCCUUAAUUUUUCUGAUGAUGAAAACUAUGUUUGUGGUUUUAAAAAAAAACAACAGCUGUGUUAUUUAAAAAAAUAAAAUUCCAAAUAGGUAUUUGCAACCACCCAACCAAUGGAUAAAAGCAGGUCUGGAGUCCAGAGAGUUGCUUUCCAUAUGUUUGAAAAAACUCAAGGGACUUACCAAGGUUAGUUUUUUCUUCAUAAAUAUCAGUUUUAGUAGUUGAUUUAAUGGGCAGUCUUGUUAAUUUGUCAAGUAUGAACCUUCUUUGAUUUGACUACCCACCUUUACUUCAAUGCUGGAAUGCAUGGAAAUAGAAACUAUGUUCAGACCUAUAGAUGCAGAUAUUAGUUUAAAGAAAAAUGGUUUAAUAUUUUCAUUGUUUCUAUAGAAUAGUAGUUACUAUCCUAGUGUCUCAUUUGUAUUUACUUAGUUUACAUGUUUUAAUAAUUGUAAAGCGCUUAGAGCUUUAUGAUAAGCGCUAUAUAAAAAUGCAUAAAUAAAUAAAUAAUAUAUUGAUAGUUAGUGUAAAAAAAAAAGCUUUACGGAUUCAAAUAUAUCAAUUUAUUGUAACUUUAUACAUUAUUUGGUGAACUUUUCUCACAAGGUCAAGUUGGUUGAUGCAGGUUUUGUGUGGACAGAACCUCACUCAAUGAGGGUGAAAGUUAAGCUGACUGUACAGAAGGAGGUUUGUCUGCUUUUAUUUUAUUAAAAAUCUUAAUCCUUCAAGAACUUUUUUUUUGAAACAUACAAAUACAUUUUUAUAACUCUUUCAUUAGCUCUUAAAAAUAUAGUUUAAAAAAAGUUGUAAGAUUUUAUUCCACCUGCAAAAGAUAACAGCUAAUAACAUUUAUUUCACAUUCAUUGCCUGUCAUUCAGGUUUUUCAAUGUCCAAGUAAAUUUAUUUCAAUACACACAAAUGCAGGUUAUGAAUGCUGCUGUGCUGCAGCAAGUGUUUGUUGUGGAGUAUGUGGUUCAGCCACACAUGUGUGAUGAUUGUCACAGAGUUGAAGCUAAGGACUUUUGGCGAGCUGUGGUUCAAAUCAGACAAAAGGUAUUCCAAAUUAUCAUUUGCAUUUCCUGUAAGAAGGUGUUGAUAGCUUUUAAGACUUAAAAGUUUUAAAAGUUUCAUAAUUUUAGUAGAAGAUAGUGUUAUGUCUUGAGCAACUAUUACCAGAACAUUAGAGCUAGUACAUUCAACCAACCUAAAUAUCUUUGACUUCCAUUUGAUGUAUUUAUCAAAUAUGAUUUAAUAACAUAAAUUAUGAAAAUUGUUUUAGUUAGAAAGCUCUUUGUGUUUUGUUCAACUUGAUACUGACGGUAAUGAAUUAUAUUGAUUUUACAGAGUGACCAUAAGAAGACAUUUUUCUACCUGGAGCAGCUCAUUCUGAAGCACAAAGCCCACCGAAGUACAGUGAAUAUAAAGCCUAUGGCAGGUAUGUUGUGUGGGUUUACAUAAAGUACAAGAUUUCAGUGUAAAACUUACACUAGUAAAAAGAGUGAAACAAAUUAUGAAUAUAUUUAAGAAAUAAUACUAUCAAACUGUUUGGUUUAAAAAAACAUGUUUUUGGUGGUUGUUAAAAAGCUGAGUAAAUGGCAAAAAUACGGGAGUCGAUCAGUCGGCCUUUGAAUGGAAGUUUCAAAAUUGGCUGGCUGGUCUUCAUACUAUCUAAUGAUUGUUUCUCACAUUUCUUGCUGAUUCUGGCAUUUUAAUGGUGGCUUCGAUUAAUAGUUUAUGGAUUUCUGUCAUUUUAUAUCAAUUUGUUUUGUACUAAGUAAUAAGCCCCCUCCCCCCAUGUGGAAUACUUUAUGCAGUUUUUCACAUCAAAUCGUAUUCAAAUGUUUGUUAGGACUUAUUUAGGCUUCUAAUUUAAGAAAAUUUACCUAAUUCUGCAAGUAAGACAUGUUCAAUUUAAGUGUAAAAAAUAAAUUUGCAUGCAUAAAUUAUUCAACUCAUUGAAUAAAUGUUAAGUAUUCAGUUCUUUCAUAAAGAUUAUAUUAGUUCAUAAAAUUUCAUAGAAGAAUGUAAAUAGUUAAAUGAAUGUAAAGUAAUUACUUUGUUUUCGCAAAGUAGUGUCUUUGUGAAAAGGGCUCCAUCUUCUUAGCACAGAAACUUCAAAUAUGUUCCUUCUCAACAUGGUUAAAUGUGUUUUUCUCAGUCAUUUUGACAUUAUUUUUUACUUAUUAAAUAUUACCUUUGUUAUAGAAGGAUUCCAUUCUUUUCUACUCCAGAUGGUUUGGAUUUUUUCUUCACUAAACAAGAUGAUGCUAAAAAGUUGGUUGAGUUUUUAUCUGCUUAUGUUCCCAGUCGGUAAGUUUCCUCCAGUGAUAUCGCUGUUUGAAAAAAAGGAAAUGCUGGUUAAAAAUUUUAUUAUGUGAGACUAUUUAUUAUUAUUUAAUUUUUUGUUGUAAAUUGAUACCAUAAUAAUUCAGAGAAAAUAAAGGCCAAAACAGAUUAAUUUGCAUCUUCCUUUCACUAGUAUCAUGCUUUCUUCCUCUGACAUGGAUGUUUAUAAUGUGUCCACAGAUAUGUCACAGGGAAGGAGCUAGUUUCCCAUGAUAUCCGUAACAACAAAUUUACAUACAAAUACACUUUUUCUGUGGAGAUUGUACCUAUCUGCAAGGUUGGUCUGUAAAAUAUAUUUGAGAAGUAACAUAAUUAUCAUGUGAGUGUUAACACUAACAUCUGCACUGAAACAUUCAGUCAAGUUGCAUCCCAUUUGAUUCUUCUGCGGACUAUGUCGUAAGAAUGUCAAUGGUUAUGUGUUACAAAUGAAUAGGGCUAGACAGCUUUGUUGGUUGGUUAUAAAAUUUUCUGAAACUUUAUAUUUGUUUUGAAAAUUACUUUUCAUCUUUGCACUCAAUUGUUUCCAUAAUUUUACGUAAUGUUAGGCAAUGGUAGUGUUUCACCUAUUUGUAUGAAUAUGAAAUAAUCAAACUCAUGUAUUUUGCUGACACUCGGCAGGUGUCGGAUUGUUUUGUAUGAUUUAAUGUCUUUGGUAACUUUGGUUGUAGGAUCACAUCAUCUGCCUGCCACAAAAGACAGCUCAACAGAUGGGGAGCAUCAGUCCACUGGUUAUAGUGCAGAGGGUGACACAGACAAUUCAUGUCAUAGACCCUCACACUCUGCAAGGUAAGGCUUUAAUUUGUGUGGAGCUGGGUGCUGACCUCAGACACUGCAAUUAUUGCUUUAAUUAGUGCUGACCUGGGUGCUUGCCUCAGCACUCUGCAAAGUAAGGCUUUAAUUAGUGCUGACCUGGGUGCUGGCCUCAGACACUGCAAUUAGUGCUUUAAUUAGUACUGGCCUCAGCAUGGUAAGGCCUUAAUUAGUGCUGACCUGGGUGCUGGCCUCGCUUUUAAAAUAGUUAUUAAAUGAAAAUAGCCUUAAAAAGUUGUUUUUAAUUAGUUUACGUUACCAGCAAAAUGUUAGUUUAGUUUAUAUUUGGGGACAGAGAAUGAAAAACUCUUCAAUAUCUGAGUACUGAUAUAUCUCGGUGUGUAGAAUCUGUAAUGUAUUGCUCUUAAUAGAUUUACUCACCUAAUGUUCAGAAAUUGGGAUACUUUAUGCUAUUUAUUGAUGGCUCCUGAUUUUGCUUUCUUUCCAACAGUUGGUGAGCUGAGUUCAGCCAACUACUGGAGGCAGCCAUUUACUGCUCUGGUCUCACCAAAACAGUUGAUAGAGUUCAUGGUCAUGGAGAUCGACAUUGUGCCAGACAGGGACAGACCAUUCCGUCCUCGUAUGUCAACUAAGGUGCCAAAAUAAAUGAUGAUAGUUAUAUUUUCUUUAUUUUAAAUGAGUCUUGGCUUUUUGUAACACUGGAUGUUCAAAAUAUUUUGUGCAUUUAUGGCCUUCAAUAGGGAGGGUCUUACCUCAAAUUUGAGCCACUGAGUCUGCACUGAGUAGACAUUGGGUGCAUUGAGAUGGAGUGGCCAUAUUUUUUCAAGGAUUAUUUCUAAGUUAACUGAUCAUUAUCUUUAACUUUUGGUUUGUUAUGUUAUUUCAGAAGUAAUCUUAACAUUUAGUUUUUUAUUUUAUUUCAGCAGUCAUCUUUAACUUUUGGUUUUUUAAUGUUAUUUCAGCACGGUCUAGCUGAUGUUUAUGUGGCAAGGAUGAGCGAUCUAGGGGUUAAUGAACAACAGUUUCAUUGCCGAACACACUUGGGGCAUAUUCUUAAAGUUGGAGAUACUGUUCUUGGGUAAGCUUUGUCAUAUAUUUUUUAUUUAAAACCUCCUGAGGUUAUAACUCGUUGAGAUCUUGUUGUCCUGAAUGGUCACGCUGUAGUUUAUUAGUGUGUGUAUCCAGCUUUACCACAUACAAAGAAAUACAAUGAAUGUUUGAAUGAAUCGUUAAAGCAUUAACUCUCUUCCUAGCCAGUAAUAACCGAUGUUUUAUUAUGAGGAUUAUCAGUUUCUGUCACACGGUACAAUGACAUAUGGCACAAUGUCACACGGCACAAUGUCGUCCAUUUAUCUUUGUUUGUCAUACCCAGGUUUGAUUUCACAAAUGCCAACCUCAAUCAUCAGCAUUUUGAAAAAAUGAAGACUGACAGGAUCCCUGAUGUGGUGAGUAGUAAAUCCUUUGAGUUGGUCUAAAUAAUUCUGCAACACUAGCAUCCACAGGUUGCACCUCAUCGGUUCUAUUAUGACUGAAUUGGGAAACAGUUAUCAUUAUCUUGUGCCUGAUACUGUGGGGGUCUUAACUUUGGGAUUCUAUUGUAGAAAAAUAACUUUUGAUCUGGUAGCUCAGGAUUUUCUCUCUUUAUCAAAGAUUGACUUGAAUGGUGAGCGUAGUAAGAUCUAGGCACAGUAGCUGUGAGCUGUGAGCAAUACUCCUGAUGAUAGGCUUUGAAAGAGGUGGUUACGGUGAUUUUUGUCUAGAGCCAUAAACUAUUUUUCUUUUGUGUUGCCGCCCAGAUGCUGGUAAAGAAGGUGUUCGAUAAUGCAAGAAGAAUGAGACGUAGAAAGUGGCGCCUGCAGAGAUUUGAUGGUGCCCAGGACCUGGACACUGAAAGCAUGACGAAGUGAGUGGCUGAGGGAUGGUGGACUCUUUUUAUGUUUGCUUUAAGUUGAAAUGAAUCAUCUUUUUAGACCCAAUACUCAUUAUUUCAUUACUCUGCGUGACUCGUUGCUGGUGGUGUUAUAAAAAUAAUAAAAAAAUAUUCCUCAAUGAAUUGAUUUUUUUUGUGGCUUGUCUUUAUUUUAUAUCACAGCUAGGAACAAUGUAUUGUCUCUGGGUUAAUUAACAAAUGGAAAACAUGUAACUUUGCUAACCGAUUUCUGAUUCUAUUUUUCAAACUCUAAUUUCAUAGGGACUAUAACGAUUUCCUGGAUGACUUGGAAGAGGAUCAAGGCCUCCGUGAGAAUGUUAACAUCUACAAAGGUAAAUAGAAUAGUGGCCUUGUGGUAUAUUAUUCACCAAUUCUAAAUUAUGCUGAAAACUUUGCUACAUACUGACAUACGAGUCUUUGUAGAGGACUAAGAUUUUUGAACAGCUCAUUGUGUACAAUUAGUUAUGACUUUCCUAUCAUCAAUAGUGAAAUAUGAAGCCCUCUUGUUGUGAUACCAUGGAUGCUGUCUUGAAAAGAGUUACUUGAUACCUUAUAAGAGUUAUUUUCUACCUUUUAAGAGUUACUCUAUUCCUUAUACGAGUUAAUUUAUUCCUUACACGAGUUACUCUAUACCUUACAAAAGUUGCUCUAUGCCUUAUAAAAUCUCAUCUCUUGUCUCAAUGAUCCAAACAUACGUCCAUGUCAAACGUAAUCUGUACAAAUGUGUGAGAAAAGUCUUUAUCUCUUAUCCUCUGCUCCCCCAGAUCCCACCAAGAUCACUGUUGAAUCUGAAGACACGGAUGAUGAAGGGAUACCACAGAUCAGCCUUCAGGAGAUGCUGGAGGAUCUGCACCUCACUGAGGAUGCUACUGGGGGAGAAGGUGCUGAUAUGAUGGAGUGAUUGCUGUCUUCCGUUGGAUGCUGGAUGGACUCUGUAAGUGAAUGCAGGGGUUGUUGGUGAAUGCAGGGAGCUCCUAUAAGAGAAAAUGCCCCCUUUUUAAAAUUGUUAAAAAAUAAAGAAAUGCAACAAGAAGGAGAUAACGGUUGUGGGCCACCAUGGAACUGAGUUGUCUCCAGCAGUACCAAGGUUAAAAGUGUUAACUCUUCCUGCCUACGAUGUAGCCUCUUACUUCUACUGUGAUCAUGUGUGAACAGAUGAGGACAUGCAAGUGAAUUUAUUGGUGUGGCUAGGAUGCUUGUUGUUUUCAGUUUCUUUAAAUCAUUAAAUGCUCUUUGUAUGCAGGAGUACCUAAUAUUUCAAAAUUUCUUUGUCUUAUUAUUCUGACUUGUCUCCCAUUUGAUUUGCACUCCACUGGGACGAAUAUCAUUACUGACAUGUGGCCCGUGCAUAGUGAAUGUCUUCAGUCAAAAGUUUCAGUUCAUUUGUGUCUCUUAGUCAUGUACACAGGCUGACAUAUAUAAACAAACAUGUACAAUUAGUACACAAAUGUUAGUAUGAGGAACUUUUGUCCUCAGCCACAUUAUCACAAGGCCCAAUAUUGUUGGCUUAUUGCAAGGCCCAAUACUGUUGGCUUAUCGCAAGGCCCAAUACUGUUGGCAGGUAACAGGUAAAGGGGACAUUAAUUUAGGUCCUCAAAUUUCUUUUACAGAUGUAUUAACUUCCAAAUGUCUUAAAUUUCAUAAACAGAUGAAGUUUCAUGAAUUUAUCAAAUUGGUAAAAUUCCAGCACAAUUGUUUCAAAUACAUUCAUAGUCAAACACUUGUGCACAAAAGACUGAACACAUACCUGGAUAAAAGGUGUUACAGCUUCUUGAAUUGUUCAAUAAACCUUUGUUGGAGGAUAAAGUUCAACUGUGUCUUCACGUGCUGUGUUGUUAACCUUUCGAUUAACGUACAUAUUGUUCCUUGUAGGCUUCUUGACCUCCGAUGUCCUAGGUUCUCACUAAUGACGUUGCAAUUAUAAUAAUAAACACGGUUGAACAAUUUUAACCUUACUUGAACAAUUUAAAUCCUACGCUGGCUGUUAGUCACUGCAUGAUUUUUUUGGAAUUGGUUUCCCUUUCACUUUGAUACCACGGCUGAACAAAAAAUAGUGCUGUGCGGACGUGUACAUUUUAUUUCAUUAUAACUUUGCAUCUAUACCAUGGUAGUAAUGUAAAAUAAAGAAUGACAACAGGCUUGGAUAGUGUUGACUUGUUGUCUAGGACCAAUAUUAUGUAACUUCUUUUCAUGUAUACGUUAAGCAG